CCCAUCAGAAAUCCAAACUCGUGACUAACAUGGGACUCAAGACCAGGAAAAAAAAAUUAAAAAGAUUAAGAGCCAGAGAAGCAAACUUCACACACAGGGCCAGCCAGCAGACGGAGUCGAUCCCAUCCAGGCAGGUGUCCCGAGGCCUGACCCCACAAGAUGCCAAGAAAAGAGGCUCACUUCAUCCACGGUGCCCCCAGGAAGGGGCACGGCCACUCCUACAUCACAGCUGAAGAGGCUGCAGGGAUUGGUAUCCUGACGGUGAUCCUGGGAAUCUUACUGCUCAUCAGCUGCUGGUACUGCAGAAGACGGAGCGGAUACCGAAGCUUGAAUGUGGACAAAAGCAUUCAUGCUGGUACUAAAAGUACCUUAACAGGAAGAUGUUCAUGCGAGGGGCUUGGUCACCAGGACAGAAAACUGCCUUUGCAAGAGAACAACAGUGAACCUGUGGUUCCCAAUGCUCCACCUGCCUAUGAGAAACUCUCCACAGCACAGUCACCACCACCGUACUCUCCGUGAGAGCCAGCGAGGCCCCUGAGAGGUGCUGAAAUGAUUUCCCUCACGCUUUUGCUUGAAUCUGAUGUGGACAUGUAAUGUUCUGCUUUAGAUUCCCGUAGAAACAGUGUAUGUAGGGCAGCUAGCAAUACUGAUUGAGGAAAUGGUGAGAAAUAUUAGAGUGGGAAAAGCUUUGUCAAUAAAAAUUGUGAUGGAUGAUACUAUCUGUGCCAGUAAUAAUAAAUCUACCGUACUAUUUU